UUUGAAUCGCGCGGCGGCGGUUCGGGGGUCCCGCGCGUGACGGGACGAGGGGGCUUUGUGACGUCACUCAGCGCCAUGGCCCGGCCCAAGCCUCGCGCCCCCCGGCGCAGGAGACCCCCCGAGGCCCCGCCCCCCCCUCCCGAGCCCCCGCGGCGCCGCCGGUUCCGUCCCGGGCAGCGGGUGCUGCAGGAGAUCCGGCGGUACCAGAGCAGCACCCGGCUGCUGCUGCGCCCCGCGCCCUUCGCCCGCCUGGUGCGGGAGAUCUGUCUCAUCUUCACCCGUGGGGUGGAUUACCGGUGGCAGAGCAUGGCCCUGAUGGCCCUGCAGGAGGCGGCGGAGGCGUUCCUGGUGCGGCUGCUGGAGGACGCGUACCUGUGCUCGCUGCACGCGCGCCGCGUCACGCUCUUCCCCCGCGACCUGCAGCUCGCGCGGCGCCUGCGCGGCAUCGAGGCGGGGGUGGGCUGAGGGACCCUCCCGGACCCCCGCACCCCCC